CAAAGCCAGAGGACGGGCUGUCAUCUGUAGAUUCCCCAGAGCAGGGUACAUCUCAAUUGCUGUGCAUCUUGCUUGCCUGCAGCCCUUGUUCUUCUCUCCUCACACCUCUCCACUUUGCCUCUCCUUUCCUCCUGUAUUUCCUUAGCAGCCAUGAUUAGCCUGAAGGAAAUCUGUCGUGGCCUUCCUUUAAACCCUUUGCCUGAAAACAGAGGUCGGAGGAAAGGAAUACCCCAUGCACCUGUGAGAACCCCUAAUCUUACUGCUCAGGAGAAAAAGCUAGCUUUGCGCAAUGCCCUGCGUUAUUUCCCACCUGACAUACAAAAGAAGCUGGUGCUGGAAUUUGCUGAAGAACUCAGGCUGUAUGGCCAUAUCUACAUGUACAGGUUCUUCCCAGAUAUUGAGAUGAGAGCGUACCCCAUAGAAGACUAUCCUUGCAAGACCAAAUCAGCUGCUGCCAUCAUGCUGAUGAUCAUGAAUAAUCUGGAUCCCUCGGUGGCUCAGUUUCCACAGGAGCUUGUCACUUACGGAGGAAAUGGGCAGGUCUUCAGCAACUGGGCUCAGUUCUGGUUGGCAAUGCAAUAUUUGUCAGAGAUGACCGAAGAGCAAACACUGGUAAUGUACAGUGGACAUCCUUUGGGACUCUUUCCCAGCCAUCGCUAUGCUCCGCGAUUAGUCAUUACUAAUGGCAUGGUUAUUCCCAACUAUUCUAGUAGAGAUGAAUAUGAGAAGCUCUUUGCUUUGGGAGUAACAAUGUAUGGUCAGAUGACUGCAGGGAGCUAUUGCUACAUUGGACCCCAGGGAAUAGUCCAUGGAACCGUGCUCACUGUGCUGAAUGCAGGCCGUCGCUAUUUGAAGGCAGAAGACCUGUCUGGAAAGGUGUUUGUUACUUCUGGUCUUGGAGGGAUGAGUGGGGCUCAAGCAAAGGCUGCAGUCAUUGCUGGGUGUGUGGGGAUUAUUGCAGAGGUUGAUGAAGCAGCGCUUAUGAAACGCUACAAGCAGGGAUGGCUCAUGGAAAUUUCUAAUGACUUGGACCACUGCAUUGCUCGCCUUAGAGAUGCAAGGAAGAAUAAAAUUGCCCUCAGUUUGGGUUACCAUGGGAACGUGGUAGACCUGUGGGAGAGGCUUGCAUAUGAGCUGGACACAACAGGGGAGCUGCUAGCUGAUCUGGGGUCUGAUCAAACUUCAUGUCACAACCCAUUCAGUGGGGGAUACUAUCCAGUCCAGCUUGGCUUUGAGGAAGCAAAGCAGCUCCUGUCUACCAAUCCAGGGAAGUUCCGAACUCUGGUACAAGAGAGUCUGAGGAGACAUGUGGCUGCUAUUAACAGACUAACUGAUAAAGGCAUGUUUUUUUGGGAUUAUGGCAAUGCUUUUCUCUUGGAAGCUCAAAGAGCUGGUGCUGAUGUUGAGAAAAAAGGAGCCAAUAAAACAGAAUUCAAAUAUCCUUCCUAUGUUCAGCACAUCAUGGGGGACAUUUUUUCCCUGGGAUUUGGGCCAUUCCGCUGGGUUUGUACUUCAGGUGACCCACAGGACCUUGCUACCACUGACUCAAUUGCCAUGUCUGUGCUGGAGGACUCAAUUCGUCAGGGAGUGAGCACAUCUGUGAAGCAGCAGUACCAUGACAACAUCCGUUGGAUUCGGGAAGCUGGGAGGCACAGCUUGGUUGUUGGAUCUCAAGCUAGAAUCUUAUAUUCUGAUCAGAGGGGUCGUGUGUCUAUAGCCACAGCUAUUAAUCGAGCGAUUGCUGAAGGAAGGAUUAAGGCUCCAGUAGUCCUCAGCAGAGAUCACCACGAUGUGAGUGGGACUGACAGUCCUUACAGAGAAACAUCAAACAUUUAUGAUGGAUCAGCCUUCUGUGCAGACAUGGCGGUACAAAAUUUCGUAGGAGAUGCGUUCAGAGGAGCAACCUGGGUUGCCUUGCACAACGGUGGUGGAGUUGGCUGAAUGAAUAGCGCAGGGUCUGAGUAACCUGCAGUACAAGAAGGCAGAAGUAAUUUAAGAAUCGAACUGUGCUGUUGACGGUGUGACAUCUUGUUUGUGAGGGAGGCCUUGUUUUCUUUGAUCACCUCGGAAGGAGACAUCUGGAAAUUAUAGGAGGCAGCUUAGGUCAAAAUGCCACACGUUUCUCUAAUUACCUGAAAAUAUGACCCAGUGCUAAUGAAGGCAGAGAACUCCCCUUUAAAAGUGAGAGGUUUUGCUAGAGAAUCCAUUCUAACGAAUGGUGGCAUUCAAUUUGAGUGACUUUUAGACAGUAGGACAGAUUCUGAUGAGUGAUUCUGAUUUACAUUGGAGUAACUCUAUGGAAAUUGAUGGAGAGACUCUAAAUUUAUGGAGUGCAACUGAGAUCAGACACUCGCUGUUCAUAGCUGAGCUUCAAAGGAUGCUCUUUGGGAUGCUGUGCACAGAAGGGAUCUCUGCCACUGAAAGAACAUCAGCUGCCAGUGUGGCAAAUCUUUAUAAAGCAUCACUCUGGAGGCCUCUUGCUGUCUGAUACUGUCAGUGGGCUGCCCUGAGGUGCGAUCGCACUGUGAUCCUGAUUGCACUGUGAUGCCAUACUGAUUCUAAAAGCAGAAAUGGCAGGAAGUGCAAACGUUUGGAUGCUUGUUUUCAUCCCCAAAUGAGACGAAGAGCAGAUUUAAAGAUUUCUCACAAUAAGAGCUGUUUGUGUUACUGUUGAGUGUUGAUCAGAAAGAAUCAUUUUGUGUCAGAGUUUACACUAUUCAAACAUUUCAGCUGAAAACAUGAUUGAAAUUUUCCUGCUGAAGAAGGAAACAUUCAUCUGCUGACAUUCUGCUAUGAGCACUGUCAGUUACAAGGAAACUGUGCUUUUCAACAGAAAAUGUUUGUAAUAGUAGUAUAUCUAAUAAUCUAAUGAAGUGGAAGGAAUUGCAGUAAAGAUACAGUGACUGUGAGAGCUGGAGCUGAGAGUUCUUUGCUCAGGUAUGUGGUAAGGUCCUACUUAUCACACAGGUAGUGCAUAUAAUGAGUGAAAAGGAAUUAGCAUCACGUAAGUACAUUGCAUUACAGUGACAAGGGGAAAACAUGAGUACUGGGUUGGGGAAGCAGAUCUCAAGUCUGUGAGGCUCGAGUGCAGCAUCAUCUUCCCAUUUCAUAAGAAGUUCAAGUUAGUGCUGGAAAAGAGACAGUAAGAAAUGAUUCUUGUCUGGAUUGGAGGACACCUAAGUCUGUCUGACUCAUAGAUAUAUCUGAUGUUACUUGCAGUAAAUUUUGUGGAUGUAUUCAUUAUAUUAACUACAAAAUGCAGAGGGUGAAACCCUGCCUCCAGAACCUCUUUUAGUCUCUCCUGCCACGUGUUGCUGUAGGUAGGAUAUGCCCCAUCUCAUAAUUGCUGAUGCUGAGUUAUAAUGCGAGAAGUCUCUUACGGAUUUACAGCAACCAAUAAUUUUCCAACUGAAUUUACCAUAUGCAACCAAACAGGAACUGGAGCAGACCAGAUUUUGAAGUGAGACAAGAUGUAUUUCCCCUGUCCUUAUAAAACCAGACUGGUAUUUGUCCCAUGUAUAGUCUGUUAGUUUGUAGUAUAUUUCUUCUACCAAUAAAUCUGCUUCCUGAAAUGUUGGCACUGCAGUUUCUACACAUCUAUGUAUCUCAUACAGAAAUAAAUGCUUUUGAAAUGAUCAAGGCAGAUGUGCAUGAAGUGGUGCUUAACACUUUUUUUUAAAUGAAACACGCUCAUAUUUGUCCCAAGAGAAUAUAAACAGAUCCAUCUGUCUGUUUCAGUAAGCACACAGUCCUCACAGUCCUCUGGAUAUGGCAGGCUCUAGCAUAGAAAACACAAAGAGCUUAACUUUCAAACUAGUGAGAUAAGAAACUCUUUAGUCCACCAGGAGUAUUUUUUGUAUGAAAGGUCAAUGCCAAUGCCUUAUUCAGCACCAUUUCUACAGUAUUCUCAUCCUUCUUCCUCCAAUGCAGCUGAUCAAAUCCACAAUGUUAUCUGACAUUGAUUUGUAUUCUUUUGAUUUGAAUUCUUACACUUCUAUUUU